CCUGCCGACACUGCUGUGAGGACUGGAAAGUAGAGAAAUUUGUUUGUUCCACAUUUUCAGAAGUUUACAUCAAACCAGUCAUGUUGAAGAACAUUCUACUGUGGUCUCUUCAGCUAAGUCUCCUAGGAAUGAGUCUUGGCGGGAAUGUUCUCAUCUGGCCAAUGGAAGGCAGUCACUGGCUAAAUGUUAAGAUCAUAAUAGACGAACUCCUAAGGAAAGAGCAUAACGUGACUGUCCUUGUUGCAUCCGGGGCCCUUUUCAUCACACCGUCGGUCAGCCCAUCUCUGACAUUCGAAAUAUAUCCAGUGCCCUUCGGCAAGGAAAAAAUCGAAAGCGUGAUCAAGGACUUUGUUUUGACGUGGCUGGAAAACAGGCCGUCUCCUUCAACUAUCUGGACUUUCUAUAAGGAAAUGGCCAAAGUCAUCGAGGAGUUCCACUUGGUGUCCAGAGGGAUCUGUGAUGGCGUUCUUAAGAAUGAAAAGCUGAUGACCAAGCUGCAGAGAGGAAAGUUUGAAGUACUGUUGUCAGACCCAGUAUUUCCGUGUGGCGAUAUCGUAGCUUUAAAACUGGGGAUUCCAUUUAUCUAUUCCUUGCGGUUUUCUCCUGCCUCCACAGUGGAAAAGCACUGUGGAAAAGUCCCGUUUCCUCCUUCCUAUGUUCCUGCAAUCUUGUCAGAACUCACAGACCAGAUGUCCUUCGCUGACCGAGUAAGGAACUUUAUCUCCUACCGAAUGCAGGACUACAUGUUUGAAACUCUUUGGAAGCAAUGGGAUUCCUAUUACAGUAAAGCCUUAGACGGCAGCCAUUGGCUAAAUAUUAAGAUCCUUCUUGAGGAGUUGGUUCAAAGAAAUCACAGUGUGACCGUACUGGCUGCAUCAGAAACUUUAUUCAUCAACUCCAGUCCUGAUGCCUUUAUAAGUUUUGAAGAGAUACCGGUCUCCUACACAAGAAGCAAGAUAGAUGAAAUGAUUGAGCAUAUGAUAGCACUGUGGCUGGAUCACAGGCCAACCCCUCUCACGAUGUGGGCUUUCUACAAAGAACUAGGAAAGCUCUUUGCUGCUUUCUACAAAAUCAAUAAGCAGAUCUGUGAUGGCGUACUAAAGAAUGCCACUCUAAUGGCAAGACUUCAAAAAGGUGGCUUCGAUGUGUUAAUAUCUGACCCAGUAACAAUGUGUGGAGAGCUGGUGGCUCUGAAAUUGGGAAUUCCCUUUGUGUAUACCCUGCGCUUCUCUCCGGCCUUUACAGUGGAGAGGCAUUGUGGGAAAAUUCCCACACCGGUCUCGUACGUACCUGCAGCCCUGUCAGAGCUCACUGACCAGAUGACUUUUGGUGAAAGGGUUAAGAACACCAUUUCUUAUUCUCUGCAAGACUAUAUAUUUAAGUCCUACUGGGGAGAAUGGAAUUCAUACUACAGCAGAGUUCUAGGAAGACCCACCACACUGUGCGAGACUAUGGGGAAAGCUGAGAUUUGGCUAAUGCGAACAUAUUGGGAUUUUGAAUUUCCUCGUCCAUAUUUGCCUAAUUUUGAGUUUGUGGGAGGACUGCACUGCAAACCUGCCAAGCCUUUGCCUAAGGAAAUGGAAGAGUUUGUCCAGACCUCAGGGGAACAUGGUGUUGUGGUGUUUUCUUUGGGGUCAAUGGUCAAAAACCUGACAGAAGAAAAGGCCAAUCUCAUUGCCUCAGCCCUUGCCCAGAUUCCUCAGAAGGUUUUGUGGCGAUACAAAGGAAAGAUACCAGCCACAUUAGGAUCCAAUACGAGAUUGUUUGACUGGAUUCCUCAGAAUGAUCUUCUUGGACAUCCCAAAACCAGAGCUUUUAUCACCCAUGGUGGAACAAAUGGAAUCUAUGAGGCCAUUUACCACGGGAUCCCGAUGGUGGGAGUUCCCAUGUUCGCUGAUCAGCCUGACAACAUAGCUCACAUGAAGGCUAAAGGAGCAGCUGUGGAGGUGAACAUGAACACGAUGACGAGUGCAGAUCUGCUCAGUGCUGUGAGAGCAGUCAUCAAUGAGCCAUUUUAUAAAGAGAAUGCCAUGAGACUAUCAAGAAUUCACCACGAUCAGCCAGUGAAGCCCCUGGACAGAGCCGUCUUCUGGAUUGAGUUUGUCAUGCGUCACAAAGGAGCCAAGCACCUUCGUGUGGCAGCGCAUGACCUCAGCUGGUUUCAGUACCACUCUCUAGAUGUGAUUGGGUUCCUGCUGGCUUGUAUGGCAUCUGCCAUAUUAUUGGUUAUAAAAUGUUGUUUAUUUGUAUUUCAAAAAAUUGGUAAGACAGGAAAGAAGAAUAAAAGGGACUAGAUGAAGGAAAGACAUCUCAGGUCUCUGGGUUUGGUCAAGCACCAACUGGAGUAGCAAUAGUACUUAGAAACCCAGGGAGUUGCCAGUCACCUAUCCUCAUCCCAUUUUCAAUCAUUCCAUUCCUGUCUUAGCUUGAGGUAAAUUGGAGGAUGCAACAUACUUUCUUUGCUAUUUCAAUGACGGUCCUAUCGUUUCCUUAUAUUCCUGGCACAGGGGCACUAUUAAUUUAAAUAUGUUCUUUCAGAAUGUCAUUUAACUAUAAACAAGAUAAUAACAAUGAUAACAAGUCUGAAUCAUUUGAAAAGGCACACAGGGUAUACUGAAUUUUCUUUAAGGAUCAUGCAAGGGUCAUGUAUACAGGUCCUCAUGGAGCACACAAAUUGGGCUCUGACCAUAGGGAUUAGCGUAUUAUGAGAAGAAUCAUUAUUUUCUUUUUAAAUAAAUUCUAGCUAUUGUGUUUCUCUGGUGUCACAGGCAUUAGAGGAUCAGUUCAGAACUGGGACACCAUAUUAUAGUAGGAAAAAUACAUAAAUUGUUAGUACAUUUAAAUUAUGCUGGUCUAUAUUUUUUGCUUUUCCCUAAAAUAUACAUCUGCAUGCUUACUCUCCAGUCAAAGGUUUUAGAUAGUUUUUCCAAGAAAUGAAGGCAUGAAUGGAUCCACCAUUUUUUUGCAAAUAAUAAUAUUUGAAAGUUAUUUCUAGAAAAAGUAAAUGUUAAAAUAUUGUAAUAAUUUCUUAAAUUUUAACUGACUGCUCUUUGGAUCUGUGUUAAUCCAUUAUACUUAAAAAUUGUGUAGUUCAUACUCUAUAAUCACUAUUUAUAAUGAAGUGCUUAAUUUUCUGCCAAAAUAAAAAACUUAUAUUGAGA